GUCGGCUUACGCCCUCCUUCCCUUCGCCCGGUUCUACGUCGUUGCGGGCGGCGCUCGCGCUGCUGCACUGCCGUAGAUCGGUCUGAUCUACGGCAAAGAGCGAUUCUUUCGUUUUGUCGUUUCUCACGUGCGUGUUGCCAAACGACGCCCACUCUCAUCUCUCUCUCUCUCCUCCCGUUCUCUCCAUUUCCCCUGGCUACUGUUGUGUAGGCUCGCACGUCUCCAUUCUCCUCCUUUCUCCUCCCUUCUCUCUCUUGCACUCUGAUUCUUGAGGACGACAUCCUUCUCUCUGCUGCUGGUUCGAUCACACAGGAGAGAGAGAGGUUAGGCGAGAGGAAGAACAAAAGGAACUAGGAGGAGGAAGAGGAGGAAGAAGAGGAGGAGGGGCAGCGGGAGGAGAAGGAAGAAGAAGAGGAGCUUCUCUCUUAAGAGCGAGCUAUGGCGCCGAAAGCAGCAGCGGGGGGAGCCAAGGGGAAAGGCGGAGCUGCUGAGGAGAGACCAAUCCUCGGCCGAUUCUCCUCUCAUCUUAAGAUUGGCAUCGUAGGGCUGCCCAACGUGGGAAAGUCAACGCUUUUUAACACGUUGACCAAGCUGAGCAUCCCCGCGGAAAAUUUCCCCUUCUGCACCAUCGAGCCUCAUCAGGCACGUGUCAACGUCCCCGACGACCGAUUCACUUGGCUGUGCGAUCUUUAUAAGCCGAAGAGCGAAGUCCCCGCCUUCUUGCAGGUCCACGAUAUUGCCGGUCUAGUGCGGGGGGCUCACGCAGGCCAGGGCCUGGGCAAUGCCUUUCUAGCGAAUAUCCGAGAAGUGGAUGGGAUCUUCCACGUGCUUCGCGCUUUCGACGAUCCCGACGUCAUCCACGUGGAAGACAGCGUGGAUCCCGUCCGCGACCUGGAGAUCGUGAGCGAAGAGCUGAGGUUGAAGGACCGGGAGAUGAUGGACAAGAAGCUGGAGGAGCUCUCAAAGGACAUGAAGCGAAACCCUAAUGACAAGGAGAAGAAGAAGGAGCUUGAGUGCUGCCAGAAGGUGGUGGAGAUGCUGGAAGAGGGCAAGGAUGUUAGGCUCGGGGACUGGAAAGCCGACGAGAUUCUGAUCUUGAACAAAUUCCAACUCUUGAGCGCCAAAACCGUCGUGUACCUGGUCAAUAUGACGGAGAAAGAUUACCACAGGAAGAAGAACAAGUGGCUGGCCAAGAUCCAUGCCUGGGUUAAGGACCACGGAGGCGAUGUGAUCAUCCCAUUCAGCGGCGCUUUGGAGAGGAAACUUGCGGAUAUGCCCCCCGAUGAGGCGGAGCGAUACUGCAAAGAGAGCGAGCUGCAGAGCGCGCUGCCGAAGAUCAUCAAGACGGGAUUCGCGGCAAUCCAUCUGAUCUACUUCUUCACGGCGGGAGCGGAUGAGGUCAAGUGCUGGUCCAUACGCAAGCAGACGAAAGCACCGCAAGCAGCGGGGGCAAUUCACACAGACUUCGAGAGGGGAUUCAUUUGUGCUGAAGUGAUGAAAUACGACGAUCUGAAGGAGCAGGGGAGCGAGGCAGCGGUCAGGGCGGCGGGGAAAUUCAAACAGGAGGGCAAAAAUUACGUCGUCGCUGAUGGGGAUAUCAUAAACUUCAAGUUCAAUGUCACCGCUGCUGGGAAGAAGUGACCGUGAUCUCCGUCACGAAGUGUGGGAGAAUGAUUAUCCGGAGAAGGAUGAUGUGGUGGAGGAGGUGGAAGAGGAGGUAAGGAGUGUGUAGACAUGGUCUUGAGAUUGACGUCUGUGGAUUUUUCUGCUGAAAGGAUGAGAGAAGCAUGGGAAUAGUACUUAAUAGGGUGAAUUUUAGAGGAAGGCACACGCGAGCGAAGCACUCGACGACGACUCCUGCAUCCUACCGUCUUCCCUCGAAUAGAACUCAUGGUCAUUAUAUAGCUGUGUUUGGGGCAAUUUUCAGUCUAGAUACAGCGAUAAUGACCGGGCGCUCUAAUCGGGGGAACCGGGUAAUCGGCGGCGGCGAGGAGGCGGCGAGGCGAGGAAGCAGUGGAGACGAGGAUUGCCAGACUCGUGCCAUGGGGGGCUGCAAGGAACUCGACGAGGAGUGCCUUGGGGGGCUAAUAAGGGCUAAUAAUGGAGGAGGUUGAUAAGGUCUGAAAGGAAUUCAUGGUGACGUUCAACUCUGCCGCACUCUUCUGGAUGAAGAUUCACUACUCCUUAGCUGCCGCUGAGAGGGGGCAUGGAGAGAGAGAGGGAAGAGAGGCGUUCUUCCCUCUCGUAAGAGCUUUGUCAGCAUGUGAACGCGUUCGAGAAAACGUUUUGAUGGGUGGGUGGUGGUUUGGCUGAUCGAGCGAGGGAAGAAAGGCGUGGUUGGAGCGGAUUCACGAGUACGUGCGGAGAGAGAGAGAGAGAGAGAGAGAGAGAGAGAGAGAGAGAGAGAGAGAGAGAGAGAGAGAGAGAGAGAGAGAGAGAGAGAGAGUUGGACGGAGGGAGGAGGGAGGAGGAGGGAUGGUGACGGAAUUUGAGUGUGCGGGUGGAUAAUGUUAUUCGCAACGGUGAGGCGAAGAGAGAUGAGAUGAAGAGGAUUCUUUUAUUUCCUUCUUUUUUUUUUUUUUUUUUUUGCUUUCUUCUCCGGUUUGAGUUGCCGUUUAGGGUUUAUGUGGAGGGCUUCUUGAGGUGUCCGAAAAUUUUGUCGUUUCGUUCAUUGUAUUCCAUUUCCAAUGU